CGAUUCUCUGGUUCCUUCAUGUGUAACACGCUCAGGACUGAUGUAUGUGCUUUCUUACAGUGGCUCUCAGACAGGAAGAAAAGAGCUUUACAGAAGAAAGAUGUGGAUAUCCGUAGAAGAAUUGAACUUAUUCAAGACUUUGAAAUGCCCACGGUUAGCACAAAGAUUAAGGUAUCAAGAGAUGGACAGUAUAUUAUGGCAGUUGGAACUUAUAAGCCAAGGAUCCGCUGUUUUGAUACCUAUCAGUUAUCCCAGAAAUUUGAAAGAUGCUUAGAUGCUGAAGUGGUUACAUUUGAGAUUUUAUCAGAUGAUUACUCAAAGAUUGUCUUCUUGCAGUGUGGCAGGUUUGUGGAGUUUCAUUCACAACACGGCCAUUACUACAGGACACGAAUACCAAAAUUUGGUAGAGAUUUCUCUUAUCACUAUCCAUCGUGUGACCUGUAUUUUGUAGGAGCAAGUUCAGAAGUAUACAGGCUAAAUCUGGAACAAGGAAGGUUUCUGAACUCCCUGCAAACCGAUGCUUCAGAGAGUAAUGUCUGUGACAUAAAUCCUGUACACUUCUUGUUUGCUAUGGGGACAGUUGAGGGUAAAGUGGAAUGCUGGGAUCCUAGAACCAGAAACCGAGUUGGGCUGUUGGACUGUGCUUUAAGCAGUGUGACAGCAGACACGGAGAUAGAUGGUUUACCAUCCAUUUCAGCACUGAAAUUUGAUGGAGCUUUGAAUAUGGCUGUUGGAACAUCUACUGGGCAGGUUUUAUUAUAUGAUCUCCGGUCUAGUAAUCCGUUAAUAGUCAAAGAUCACCACUAUGGCCUGCCUAUUAAGUCAAUUCAGUUUCAGCAUCAGUUGGAUUUAAUUAUCUCUGCAGAUUCUCGAAUUAUAAAAAUGUGGAACAAAGAUACGGGGAAGAUAUUUACAUCAAUGGAGCCAGAAUUUGAUAUCAAUGAUGUCUGCCUGUAUCCAAAUUCAGGUACGUUAGGUGUAUUAAUGUCUUAUUAA